CCACGAAACAUUUACAACCAAUAUACGAAGAGAAUCUCACAAUCAACAACGCCCGCCGAGGGGGAAACUCGCCCAACACAUAUCCAACGGCGGCUACGCCACGCCAGAACGCGAAUUUUCACACAGACGACGGACGAAAACACGCGAAAUGAGGAGGUCGAUACUCGAAGGCCCUCGGCGGCGCUUGGUCGAACUCUUAGUCUUUGUCUCAGCGGCAACAGCAACCACAAUCAGCGUCGGAAGCACAUCACUCAGUCUGUCUAAUUUCCAGCUGAUCACAGAGCUCUCCGUUCCACUGGGUUGCUUGUUAUCAUAUAACAACCCCAUCGAAGGAUGCGAAGCUACCGACUUUGGUAGCACGGGAGCGUGUUCCCGGAAAUGCAGAGUCGGUCUGGCUCGCAUGCAAAGUAAUCUCCAGGACGCUUGUCAGUCUGUUCAAGUACAGAUCAACACGAUACUUGGCCAAGCUCUGUCCGGAAACCUGGUCAACUUGGUUUGCGGCGCCCUGAACCAACAGACGUCAUCGGCAGUGCAAACGAUAUCUACCACGACGAUAAUCGUAUUGCCUUCAACCAGCGCUGUUGCUCCUCCUCCACCUCCGCCUCCGCCAGCCACGACGUCCGUCGCUCCACCGCCGCCGCCACCAGCAACAUCGUCAAUAUCAACAUCAACGCUACUACUUCCGCCGUCGAGCCAGGCGCCCCUCCCUCCUGCAACCACGGCGAUACCGCCAGUAUCCAGCCAGGCGCCCCCUAUCAUACCUCCUACUACUAUUGUCACUUCAACAACUUCGACCGAGAACCAGGCAUCGCCUCAAAGCACCACUUCGGCCCCGGUCAACCCUCUCGAUGCUUUGCUCAUGAACGGCGCCGUGGCCAGCGCGCCAAGAGGGUUUCUCGCGUGGGGUCUACCAGUCCUGGCCUUUGUCAUGUAUGGAAUUGUUUGAGUGUUAGACUCGAAGUAUUUGAACUUCGAAGCACUGGUGGAGCGAAACGAUGAACAGACCAACUACUAAUGUGUAAGACUAUUCUUUCUUUUGUCGAGAGAUUACAUGGGAAGAGCACGACAGGAGGCGGAACCGAGGCACUGAGAUGCCUCCAGAAAAGUGCUGGAGUUGCGAAAGAUGGCGAAGAACGCCGAGUAUGACGAUUGCGUGGAUUAUGAACUUUCACGGCGCAUCAAGAUACCUCUACCUUCAUUAAGACACGGACAUUGUAACACUAGAUACCACAUACCUUAGCAUGGCUUGAGCAGAUAUAGAUAGCCAAGUCUGAAGACGAGAUUGGAGAAGCAAGAAGAAUUACUCAAAACUGAGCAUUGGAACCCUUUCGCUACACAGGAAUCUGGAAUAUGCGCCCAGUAA